AUGGAGACUCUCUUUGCUCCUUUGGAUCUUCAACUUGGCAAGAAACUUUGGAACGAAUGUUCGACAUCAUCUGCACAUAAUGGUCCUACCAUUCGUCUUCCCAGUCUAUUUGCACUUCCAGUCUCAGCUACUUCGAAUAGCUCCAUCAAAAUUACCACUUCAGAGAGGUCACCGCGUAUUGUGACUAUGAGCGAUUUACUCAGCUCUCAACUUUCACCACUGAAGGAAAAAACAACCAUGCGAUUGCCAUCCAUUUGUACCAUGAUAAACCAUGACGCCAAUUCACGAGAUUUGACGCAUGUCAGAAUACACAACAUAAAUCUUGACAUGCAACUUCAAGACAUCAAGACAGCAUCGCCACGACAACCUGAGUUGAAACUCGAGAAUCUUCUGGCUGACACGAAUACGAAACAGCUCGACAAUUUCGAUUUAGCACAAAAGAAUCGAUCAAUUCUUCGUUUUGGAAAUACCCAGCCGAAACGCAAUAGUAAUGCCAAGCUUUGUGGUAUGACGGACUGCAUGAAACGUGCUAAAGCUGGUGGCUUUUGCAUUGCUCAUGGUGUCACGGCGGAGGCAAACGCUGCACUGUCAAAGGAUGUCCAAACGCCUCACGUAAAGAUGGAGUUUGCUGGAGUCAUGGAGGCAAACGACUGUGCAAACUUGAGGGAUGUGAAAAAGGCCCUAAAUCUGGUGGCUACUGCUGGAGGCACGGUGGUAGGAUGA